AAUUCACGUAACUAACACUAGCUCAGGUCUCUGCAAGUUGCGGGAGGUGCAGGCCGAUUGAAUUCAUUAUUCUAGUCGGCCCAUCGUGAAGCCAGUCAAGUAACAAUAGCAAGUAAAAACUGAAAAGGUUUCAAAGGAGAUUGAAUUGGAAGUUCGAAACGAUGGAAGAAGCUUCUUCUAUGCUCGCCGCAUAUCUCGUGGCAGGGUUUGCUACCUAUAUCGCGCUUUUAUUCAGCUAUCGUCUUUUUUUACACCCCUUGCGAGGUUACCCAGGCCCUUUACUGGCCAAGGUAUCAGAUGUCUAUGGUGGGAUUCAAGCUGGCUUUAUGUCGCUUCAUGUGAAGACUCGAGACGAUCUACUAAAAUAUGGACCGGUCAUGCGAUAUGGCCCAAAUAAGUUGGUUUUCAGCUCUAUCAAGGCGCUGAGCGACAUCUACCAGAAUGAGAGAGUAGCAAAGUCUCACUUAUAUAAACACACGGCUGCCACUGAUGGCGUGUGGCAUGUGUUUAAUGUUAUUGACAAAGCGUCCCAUCGGUUCAAGCGCAAGUUAAUCGGACAGAUUGUCUCAGAACGUUCAAUGCGGAUAUUCGAGCCUAUCAUGCUUCAGCAGAUUGAUGUCUUCAUUCAUAUACUGCAGUCAUCUGCUCAGUCGCGCAGCCCUGUCAAUAUGACUGAGAAGCUGAAGCGCUUGGGAAUAGAUACAGUCAGCCUUCUUGCCUUUGGCUACCCACUUAACACCCAGGUUGAUCCAAAAUAUCGGUUUCUCAUCGAUGCCCACAUAUUUGGCAAUUACCGCGCCAAUCUAUCUAUGCAAUUCCCGCUUUUUAAAAAGAUACGAAUUUAUAGCUUUCUGGAGCUAUUAUUCGCUAAGGAAGUUCGCCAAUACUUCACGGUCAUCGAGAACAUGAUUACUUCAAGGGUGGCUGAGGAGAAGGAUGUUAGACAUGACCUCUACUCUAUUGUUGCCGACAGUAUGAAUCCAGAUGGUGGGCAGUACCUAAAGGACAGCGAGAUUUGGGCAGAGGCGGUAUUUUUCUUUCCAGCUGGGGGUGAAACUACAUCAACGUUGCUAGCUGCGGCAUUUUUCUACCUUGCGCGCAACCCUCUGGCGUAUGAGAGCUUAGCGAAAGAGAUCAGAUCUUCAUUUAAAGACGGCAGAGAAAUAAAAGGGGGCCCGGUGCUUGCAAGCUGCAAGUAUCUCCGAGCCUGCCUGGACGAAACUAUGCGCAUCUCCCCUCCUGCCCCUGGAACCUUGUGGAGGGAGCUUUCUUCAACAGAAACCUCGACCGAACCGUGGAUCGUGGAUGGCCACAUUAUCCCUCCCGGGGUUCAAGUUGGAGUUAAUACUUAUGCCACUCACCACAACGAAGAGAUAUUCUCUGAUUCCUUCGAGUUCAAGCCUGAGCGUUGGAACGAUCCAGACAUUCCGCAAGAGCAGAAGGAACUUAUGAAUGCAGCUUUCCAGCCCUUUUCGAUAGGAACUCGUAGCUGUGCUGGUAAGGCUAUGGCAUAUCUACAGUCAAGUAUCGUCUUGGCUAGAAGCAUCUGGUAUUUCGACUUUCAAACUGCACCUGGAGACCUGGGAAAAGUUGGUGGAGGUAGUCCUAGCUUAGGCAAGGGUAGACACAGAGAGAGUGAGUAUCAGCUGUACGAAAUCAUCGCUGCGAAUCACGAUGGACCGAACUUGAUUUUUCAGACUCGCAAUGACGUGAUUGGGGAACUUUCUACUUAAAACACCAGAGGCUGGGCAAGAUGUGGAAUUCUCAGUUACUAUAAAUUAGGGUCUUACAAGCACCUAUUUGGGGAGUAUAACAAGGGCAGAAAACUGGGCUUGGAACUGAGGAUUCUGAUUACAAUGAUCUACUAGGGCUGCAGUAGUCCUUGACCAACCAACUCCUUCUCGGCUGUUGGUGGCUUGAGAUGACUCUAUAUACAAAUGAUCUGC